AUGGAGCCUGACCAUGCUAUACACAUACUGGAAAGAGUUGUAGACAAGCAACAUGUUUACUAUGAACCAAUGGACGUCUUCAGCUUGAAGAUCAGGGGCAGUCUAAAAAGGAAAGUUCCGGAUUAUUGCGUACUCCAGAGAUCCGUCGUGAUAACUCCGACCAUGAUGUAUGUCGCUUCGCCCCUCAUGGAAACUUCGAACAGGAUCACUCGAAAGUACGCUGCUGAUGCCGACCGCUUUAUACGAGUGAAAUUCUCCGACGAAAAAAAUGAGGGUGUUUUGCGCAAUAUGCCCGGUAACAGGGCUGAAGCAGUAUUCAGCAGGGUGCAUCAUGCUAUGACACAGGGUGUCGUGGUCGCAGGUCGUUACUACGAAUUCCUUGCCUUUGGAAACUCUCAGUUUCGUGAACAUGGUGCUUACUUCUAUGCUCCCACAUCUUCCAAGUCAGCAGACGACAUCAGGAUUUCUCUAGGUAAAUUUGAUCACAUCAAGACCGUCGCCAAAUUCGGUGCGCGAAUCGGACAAUGCUUCUCGACUACCCGUAAGAUGAGAAACUCUGUUAUUUUGCAAGAGAUAGAUGACGUUGAACGUAAUGGACAUACCUUCACAGAUGGAGUUGGGAAGUUGUCUCUCUUCAUUGCUCAGAUGGCGGCGAAAGAACUUGGACUACCUAAUCCUUUCGACGACCCACCCACAUUGUUUCAAUUCCGUCUGGGUGGCUACAAGGGCGUACUCGCGCUUGAUCCCAGCAUACAAAAGAGCGAAGUACAUGUGCGGCCCAGCCAACACAAAUUUGUGGCUGAGUAUUCGGGCCUCGAGAUCAUUCGAUCGUCUGCUCUCGCAACUCCAUUCUUCAACCGGCAGAUCAUUAUGGUUCUCUCGAAUCUCGGUGUGUCGGACCAUGUCUUCAUCCGGAAGCAACAAAAUAUGGUGAAUGACUACGAGAAUGCAAUGUCAGACGAACAAAUUGCCGUACAGAAACUGCGAAAACAUAUCGACAUGAACCAGACUACGUUGACAAUGGCCGGUAUGGUACUGGAUGGCUUUAUGAAAUCGCAGGAGCCAUUCGUCAUGUCUUUACUUAUGCUCUGGAGAUCUCACACCAUCAAGAACCUAAAGGAAAAAGCAAGGAUUGCGGUAGAAGACGGAGCCUUUGUUCUUGGAUGUGUAGAUGAAAGUGCCCUGCUUAAAGGCCACAUGGAUGACCCGCAGUCCAGGCUCGAUGCAACAAGAGAUGAAAAACUUGCGACACUGCCAGAGAUAUUCAUGCAGGUUGACGACACCACUAAGCCGGGGCACUAUAAAAUCAUCGAAGGACUAUGUGUGCUCGCACGCAAUCCGUCAUUACAUCCAGGCGACCUCCGGGUUGUCCGUGCAGUUGACAUACCGGCACUCCGCCACCUCAGGAACGUAGUCGUUCUGCCACAAACUGGAGAACGAGAUCUUGCCAGUAUGUGCUCGGGGGGUGAUCUUGAUGGUGAUGACUACAUGGUCCUAUGGGAUAGCCAUCUUUUGCCCAAGAUCAUCAACGUACCGCCCAUGGACUUCACGCCCGAAAAGCCUAUCGAGACCGAAAAACCGAUCACCUCAGAGGACAUCAGCGAUUUUUUCGUGACGUAUAUGAAGAAUGAUUCCCUGGGUCAGAUCGCGCACGCUCAUCUAGCACAAGCCGAUAUCAGUGCUGAUGGCAUCAACGACCCAGUUUGUCUAGAAUUGGCAAAGCUUCACUCCCAGGCUGUCGACUAUCCCAAGAGUGGCAUCCCUGCCAUGAUGGACCGCGAACUGAGACCUAAGAAAUACCCCCACUUCAUGGAAAAGAAACAUUUGCCUUCGAACAAGAUCUACAGAUCAAGGAAAAUUUUGGGUAUGCUCUAUGAUCAGGUACAACUAGUCGAUUUCCAACCGCAAUGGGAGAAUAGAUUCGAUAAGCGAGUGCUUGAAGCCUAUGACCUCGACGGGUCACUACUUCAAAGGGCAGAGGGUAUCAAAGUCGCUUACGAUGAAGCCCUAAGGAGGCUCAUGGCAAAACACGGAAUUCAAACUGAAUUCGAAGCCUGGUCAGUCUUUGUCCUUGCGCAUAACCAUGAGAGUCGAGACUACAAAUUUGCAGAGGAGUUUGGUAGGACAGUGAGCGCUUUGAAGGCACAGUAUCGUGAGGUUUGUUGCCAAUCUGCCGAUUCAUCGGGCGUAGCCGACUGGUCUCACCUAGGACCAUUUGUCGCGGCCAUGUAUACCGUCACAGCUAAAGAGAUGGAAGCUGCCCUGUGCGAGUGUCAAGCGACCAAGACAGUUGCGGGCCAACAGGUAUCUGCCCGUACGAUGGAUCAGGAGCAUAUGCCCCUCAUCUCGUUUCCCUGGAUCUUUGCAAGCGAGCUAGGGAAGAUUGCGACGAGCGUAUCAGCUGCCCACAACUCAGAGCUUAUUCAAACUCCGCAAGGCCCAUCCUAUGGACAGAUGAUAUCAAGCAAUAUCUUGAGAUCACGAAGUGCCAUUAAAGAGAGCGAAGUCAGUGUAAACGACGAGCUAUCGAAACUAGACCUUAGUCUCACAAAUCCGGAAUCUGAAGAAAGGGAGGAGACGACUGAAAAACUCAUACAGAAUAAGGGCAGAUACGCCAAGGAUAAUCAGCCAGUAUCGCCCAAUGUAUCUAUGCACGAGGCUUUUGAAGAUGAAAAUCCAUAUGAGAUGGUGUCGACGAAGGAUCUCGGCUCGGAGCCUUUGAAAGCGCAUAUAUCCAACCUGAACCCUACACUUGAGCAUGGCAGCACUCUCUCAGUCACGACAGCGGAAGACUGUAAUAUGACAGCAGCAGCAAAACUGCAUAGGGAGGAACUCUCGGAUGCAAGAAUUCCACCAACUCAACUCUUCACACCUACUACCUCGACAUCUGUUGAGAGAGAGCGAAAGACAAUCAACUUAUCAGAGCAGCAAGGUCAUGAAGUAGUACUUGAGGAUAGGGAGCCGUCGAUUCUGGAUAAGUUUACCAGUCGAUUUGGUGGGAGCCCGGGCCCAUAA